UCAGUUUUAAAAUUCUUUUGAUUGAAGAGGUUAGAAGAAAUUCAAGAUGUCAGCCACCAGUGAGGGUUUAGAUUCGACCUGUAGCUUCAGUGAUUUUGAUGUUAUUGGCUUCGAUCUUGACCAUACACUUUGCAAGUAUAAGCUAGACAUACUUUUUCCCCUAAUUUACAAGUGUUUGGUGAAGCAUUUGGUUGAGGAUCUCGGCUAUGAUGAAGAUAUUGCACGGCCUUUGGAAGAAGAUAAAGAUUUUGUAACAAAAGGUCUGGUAUGUGAUGUUGAAAAAGGCAAUUUUUUCAAGUUCUCAGAAGAUGGGUACAUCCUGCGUGCAAGCCAUGGUACGACACCACUCAGCGAUGACGAGAUUGAGGAGAUCUAUGGGAAAGAGCGUCACUGGGCGCCGUUUAAUAACUUUAAAGCCACCUUAAAGCAAAAUGCAACUGUGCAUUUCUUUGAGAACUACUUUGAUAUGCCUGGAGCGCUUGUAUUUGCCCGGAUGGUGGAUCUAGAAGAUAAAAAGGCUGGAAAGAGGUUGUAUGAGUACAAGUUCCAGAGAGAUAUUGCGGCAUCGUUUGAGAAAGUGUUCAGGCGUCAAGCAUAUGCCGAGGGUUCAGGUGGCUACUUCCCUAGCUACAAAGCAGACCCGUUGAAGUUGAUACAGCCUUGCAGUGACAGUGUCAAGCGGUGGCUACGAAGCCUCAAGGAAAGCGGCAAGUUUGUGUUCUUGAUGACAAGUUCUAACGUUGACUAUGGUGUUUCCCUGCUUGAGUACACUCUAGGAAAAGAUUGGCAAAGCUAUUUUGAUGUCAGUUUAUUCUACGCAAGAAAACCAGGAUUCUUCACUGAAGAAGAUCCAACAAAGCGCCCCUUCUUGGAAAUCAUCCAUUGUAGAUUGACUGUUGGCACACCAGGUUCAGAAUAGCAAGAGAUAGUUACACUUGAUCCGAUGAACUCGGAUGAAAAGUUGCAUGCUUUACAGAUUGGAUACAUAGGUAAUGGAGGAUAGUAAGUGUCCAGGAU